AUGACAAGAUUUAAUUAUGAUUCUAUAUUUUCAUUAUUUCCUAAAUGUGAAGAGCUUAUGAGCGCUGUUAGUAUUAAUGAAGAACAUUUAAGUACGUGGGAGGAUAACUGUAAUAAUUUUAAAAAGAAAUUCCAAAAUAUUUCUAAUCCCUAUGCCCUAGAUAUAUGCCUUUUUAAUCUAAUUGAUGGAAAACAUCAUCUAUUCAUAAAAGAAUUUUAUAUGAAAUUAAUCGAACUAGCAUUCGAGAGUACAUAUUUUGAUACUUAUUUUUAUAAUAUUAAAGAACAUAAUAUUUCUGAUGAAUUCGAUAUAGUGAAAGAUCUAUAUGACAUUAAUAUAGAAAUUGAUAACAUAAAAAAAUCUGAUAGUACAAAGUGUAAUAAUAAUAUAUGCAUGUGUGCAAAAAACUGUGAACAAAUAUAUAGUCAGCUCAAGUAUGAAUGUGAAAAAAAGUACGACUCUGGUUUACAUACUACUUUAGAAAACAUACGAAAUAAACUUAUUCAAGUGAAUUCGAUAAAAGAUUGCACAAUAAAUUUACCAGAUAUAUUACCUUUUAUUCAGAGACGAACUUUAUUAGUUUCUACUUCAAUAUCUAUUUUUACAAUAUUAUUAAUAUUGUGUGCUGUAUUUUUUAUAAAUAAGUUCACUCCAUAUCGUUCCCACUUACAAGUUUCCGUAAAAAGGAUAAUACAUGUAUUUAAAAAUACAAAUGAAGUAUGGGAUAUAAUGCAGUCAUUUGAAGCAUAUUACAAUAAUUCAGGAGAUAGGAGAUAUAAUGUAUUAUAUAAUUUUGCAUAG